CUACGAGACAAGUAGGACGUUGUCUGUGCUCUGUUAAAUUGUACUUUUCAUUCAUUUUGAUUACAGACUGUGACAUUAUUGUUCUGUGAUGGCAUUGAAAUAUACUGUGACUUUAGGCUUGUUCGCGCUGUUUUUAGAAGUAGCAACAGAAGGAAUUCAUUUAAAUAUUACGAGCGCUUGGAAGCCGGACUUCGGUUGGGAGGUGACGUGCAUGUGGGAGACACCGCCCAAUGAUACUCUUCAGUCGGUGCGCUUGCAGAAUAAUGGGCAGCAGUUCAUGAUCUACAGACCUGAGAUACACGGAGCAUCGAGAGUGGAAACGUUCAGAACACCAGGGAAUGUGUUGAGCGUCGAUUGUACAUUAACCGCGACAAAGGGCCGCAAAGGGCGAUGUGUCCUCACGAUCGAGCCCUACCAGCCGCCCAUGAGCGAUUUCACGUACACGUGUGAAGUGUCCGGAGAGAGGCCGACGUUCAUGAUUGAGAGGAUGGAUUACAUUGUUAAAACCAUUGUGCCACCUGCCAGUGCCAAAUUAGAAUACAAGAAGUACGAUGAAGUUUCUCCUGGACGUGUUAUGAUAAACUGCACAUCUUCCGGUUUGCCAGCGCCGAACUUGCAGUGGACUGUUGCUGACGCUAAGGUUCAAGCUGACUUUACUGGAAGAUUCUGGAACAGGACAACAAAGUUAUGGCAUGUUUGGUCUUUCUUUGCAUACACUAGAGCAGAUCCAUCUACAACGGUCACAUGUAGUCCUGAAGUAUUAACCCAUGAAGAGCUUCUUAAAGGAACACCAGCUACAUUCAGUUCUGCAAGUCUAAUAGAUUCAACCAAAACUAUGAUAGUGCUGUUUACAAUUGUGACUCUUCUUCGGUGACGUUUGAUUUAUGAAUAAAGGAAGUGAUACUUAAAUGAAACAAGACAUAUGUUUUAGGUUAUAUUUCGGCAUAAUAUCGUUAUGAACGAACUUUAUAUUACAAUGCUGCGGUUACACUUAUUAAAUACCCGUAAUAUGUAAAUAGCAUGUAUAUAUUCCAAACGACGAAAAGACGUGUAAGAUAUAUCUUCAAAUGUAAAGCCUGUCGUACACAAGGCAAUGUAAAUCGCCGAAACUAAUAUUGUAUGUAGCUCCGUACACACUACGUUGAAGCGUCGACAUGUCUGUACAGUAAAGGCAUAGCGACUAUAUGUCAACAGCCAGAUUUACUCCGCCAUCUUAAAAAUUGCAGUCUUUUCUCACGACGAUCUUGAUAAAUAGGUCGCGAGCGACUGUCUUUGGCGAUGACCCAUGUUAUUGUAUUGCGUAAAUUGUUUGGCGAUUGAAAUC